AUGACGCUCGCCGAAGAGUUCAGGUCCAGGAAUUUCUCCAUCUAUGGCCAAUGGCUCGGCGUCCUGUGCAUCAUCCUAGGCUUUGCCCUAGGUAUCGCCAACAUCUUCCACUUCAAUCUCCUCAUUCUCUUUAGCAUCAUUUUGCUGGUCAGCUCAUUUAUCCUCAUAUUCGUUGAGGUGCCACUGCUAUUACGUAUCUGCCCGACGUCGGCCAAGUUCGACGCCUUCGUGCGUCGGUUCACGACCAACUACAUGAGAGCCGCAAUGUACGGUUUAAUGAGCUUGGCACAAUGGCUGAGCUUAAUAGUGGCGGGCAGCAGCUUGAUCGCUGCCGCUGUCGUGCUUCUCCUGGCUGGCGCAUGCUACGCCCUUGCCGGCCUCAAACACCAGGAUUUCGUGGGAAGCAAGACCCUUGGAGGCCAAGGUGUCGCACAGAUGAUUGUUUGA